GGUGGCCCCCGACUCGAGCUGCAGCCAUGGGAAACACCACCAGCGACCGGGUGUCCGGGGAGCGCCACGGCGCCAAGGCUGCACGCGCGGAGGGCGGCGGCGGCCAUGCCCCAGGCAAGGAGCACAAGAUCAUGGUCGGGAGCACCGACGACCCCAGCGUUUUCAGCCUGCCGGACUCCAAGCUCCCUGGGGACAAAGAGUUUUUAUCAUGGCAGCAAGAUUUGGACGACUCUGUAAAGCCCACCCAGCAGGCCCGGCCUACUGUUAUCCGCUGGUCUGAAGGAGGCAAAGAGGUCUUCAUUUCUGGGUCCUUCAACAAUUGGAGCACCAAGAUUCCACUGAUUAAGAGCCAUAAUGAUUUCGUUGCCAUCCUGGACCUCCCCGAGGGAGAGCACCAAUACAAGUUUUUUGUAGAUGGACAAUGGGUUCAUGAUCCAUCAGAGCCUGUGGUUACCAGUCAGCUUGGCACGAUUAACAAUUUGAUCCAUGUCAAGAAAUCUGAUUUUGAGGUGUUUGAUGCUUUAAAACUAGAUUCUAUGGAAAGUUCUGAGACAUCUUGUCGAGACCUUUCCAGUUCACCCCCAGGGCCUUAUGGUCAAGAAAUGUAUGUAUUUCGAUCUGAAGAGAGAUUCAAAUCCCCACCCAUCCUUCCUCCUCACCUACUCCAAGUUAUUCUUAACAAGGACACUAAUAUUUCUUGUGACCCAGCCCUACUUCCUGAGCCCAACCAUGUUAUGCUGAACCAUCUCUAUGCAUUGUCUAUUAAGGACAGUGUGAUGGUUCUUAGUGCAACCCAUCGCUACAAGAAGAAGUAUGUCACUACGCUGCUGUACAAACCCAUCUGAAGCCAUCCUGUCUUGCCUUCAUGGAUUCAGGAGAAGCUUCUCCCUUGCCUUUGAACUGAACCAGUCUUACUUGAGACUGGAAGGCUGAUUUGCUUUCAGGCCAAUAUGUGUGUUUCAGAGCUUCUGAGUAGGAUGCUCUGCUUUUGCAUUUGAUUGCAGAUGAGAGCUUUAUGAGUUCAUGGAAUUUAUUUUAAGAAGAAAACAUAUACAUAUGAAGGGAAGGUUAUUGGAAGCCUAGCCCCAGCUAUGGGUAUUCACCAGGACCCCUUUUGGGGAGCUAUAGAGAUAACUGUACAGGGAGGUUUUUUUCCCUAAAAUGAAAGAACAGCAAACUCUUGUUGGGUGAAGAUUCUACCACUGCUACCUUUGGUGUCCAAAAAAUGAACUUGGGCUAGACUGUUGCCCUACUUAUAGCUUCUGCCUCACAGGGGCAGCUUCUCUUGCAUGGGGUCUCUGUAUUUUCACAGUGUGUGGCACAGUCUGUGUUUUUUGAUAUAACAAAUGCCUCACAAGAACGCUUUGUUUUCUUAUUUCACAUUCUUUCUUUAAUAGCCUCCUUCAGAUCCCAUACCUGACCCCUCACAAAAUUCUUUCAGUUAAGUGACCCCUUUGGAAAGUUCUGUGGGACCUGACCACCUUAUUGAUGAUGGUUGUCAGAAUAUCUCCUUUUUAGCCCACCAGAAGCCCAAGCCACUUUGUUACCACUUGUUUUAAACUUCUACUAAAGAAAAUAUGGGUUCAAUGUUAUAAGAAAGGCAUAUGCAGAAGAUCUAUUUUUUUCUUUUAAUUUGCUACUACAGCUUUGACUGUAUGGCACAUAGGUUUUCCUGUUUGGCCUGGCCUUGCUUCCAGUUAUGCUUUCUCAGAGCAGACAGCUCUGCAGAUAGACAUGGACCAGGCAACACUUCUAGGACUUUUAUCCUUGAAAGAUUUUUAUGUGCCUGCAUUUUUCUUUAAUUAAAAAAAUUCCUUUUCAUUGAUCUUAAAAGACUGUAGUAGAGAACUUAAGGCUUUUAAUAAAUGGUCCUUAAGAUUUUCUUCUUUAGUUAGAGGAGACUGUACUCUUAUGUUAAUAUGGCCAGACCCAUGUUCAUCUUUAUCCCAAGUACUGCUCUUGAUACAAGUUCAUAUAGACUCAUUGAUACACAUAUGGAUUCCCUCAACUGUUAAGAUGUAAAGGCCAUGAGGCAAGAAAGUAUUCCUGGAAGGGUCUUUGUACUAAAUAGUAAGAAGAUCACUUUUUUCUUUCUGCCGCUUUUUUAAAAAUGUGUUUAGUAAUGAGGUGGGGUCACUGAUUUCCAUUUAUGGACUGAAAAGUAUUCAAUCCACCCUUGGGGUUCAGAGAUAAGACGUUUUUUCCAAGUAUCUUGGCUCUUCCAUUUUACAGAUAAAUGCAAGUCAAACAUUCAACCUUGAAGGAGGCCAUACUUGAUGGUUGAGAGACUCCUUGACUGCUAAGAUGAACCCAGCCACACUGAAAGGGCACUUACAGGAAUUUUGUUAAGUCAUAGUUGGCAGGAUAAGAAGAUAGCUCUUAAAAGGUGGCUGACCCUUAACAACAGCAGUAUGGUAUUGUGAUUGUGGGGCAAAGAAAGAAGAGUGACUGAGUUGAGGAGUAAAGGACGAAGUAACUGAAAAUAAUCCAUUUUUAUAAGACAAUUUAAAUCAGACAUAACCUGGUGAUAUAUCCUUGGAUCUCAUUAUACAAAAUUUAGCAUUAUGUGGAACAUUUUCCCUUUGUUUCUUGUUCCUAUUUGCUGCUUUAAUUUUAUUUGUCAGAUGGACUCUACCAAAGUCUUAAGUUAAAUGUUACCUAAAAUACAUAGGUUAGUCAUUUCACUGGUAUGGAGAACUUCCACACCAGAGUUAGUAGGUUGCUUUAAGUUCAGACUUGAAUGGGAUUUAACUACUAUAGGCAACACCCCUGCAGUGCUGACUUUUUUUAGCACAUGCUUGUGUAAUUAACGUGUAAAAGAGUCAUCCAAAAGAUGUUUCUGAGAGGAUCCGACAAACCAGACUCACUCACUUUUUUUUCCAGUUAUUUUUAGUCCUUGUAAAUCUACAGAAUUUGAGAGAAAACCUUUGAAAAGGGCCAGUAUUCCAUGCAUGCUGCUAAAAUGAAGUGAAGUUUGGAAAGAAAUGAUAUCUCCAGACAGGAUUUAUAGUAAUCUGGGGUGUAAAUGAAGAAGAAACACUAAUGAUUGAAUUCCCUGCUUUUAUUGGGGAAAUAGGGCUUUUAAAAUUUUGACCUCAACUAAAAAUGAUAUGCAAUAGUCUAUGUGUGUGUGUGUGUUUGAAAUAUAUCCUAUUCUCAGAGAUUUGUACAUCCUCACAUUCUAGUGAUUUGGGGCAUGGGCUUAUGAACACUAUAUAACUUAUUCAAACAUUAUUUUGGUUCAUCCUUAAAGCCAAGUUCUUGCUGUCUUCUACCAGGGGCUGCUGACUCCAAUUACCCAUGGAAUGAAGGACCUGGUAGGGAUAAGGGUCUUUCAAAACUUUAUGGGUCUAGGCAUUUGUCUCUCCUUAAGUGCCAAUCACAACUGGAGAUUGAAAAACUGAUUUCUGCAAUGAACCUAAACUUUUGGAGUAAAAAGCCAAAUCUUUUUAAAAAUUUUAACAGAAAAGGAAGGAAGGAAAAAAAACCCUCCAAGUUGGUUACUUGUAUAAUUCAAUUAUGAGCAAUGGAAUCCCUCCAGGAUUCUCAUUUGGGCCUUGUGUGAUUUGUUUUUCUUACUUGUGCUUUGAAGUAAAUAAGCUUCAGUAAAAAAAUAAUUUUGUUAUUGCUUUCAACAUUAGAUGGUGUUGACUUGAAUCAUGUAUAGCACAGUACUUUUUGCAGUAAGAUUGGUGUGAAAUACUAUACAGUAUGGAUUUUAUAGGUAUCAAGUUAGAUGGUCAAGGGAUAUCUAUAUUGUUAGAUAUUGAUGAUCUUACUUAUUUUCUAUUCCACUUCACAGAGCACCUUACCCAGCUUGUGGUUUUAGGACAGCCAAAGCUCAUUGUUAUUGAUUAGUCCUAAUCUCUACACUGGGUCCCCUAUAUGAGAGUCUUGUUUGAAUUUUGGUGAAUUAGAGAAUGUUGAUUGGUAUUACACUAAAGCAUCUGGAAGGAGUGUAGCUCUGUGUCUGUCAUAAAGGAGGGAUAAAGACUGUAAUUUGAAGGGAAUAAAAUAUGUGAGAUCCUCCAUUAAGUGGUGCUUUUUGUAACCUUUAAUGCUGAGAUACAGAGGCUGCUUUUCAAUAUUUCACAAAGGAGUGGAAUACAAACAAGUAUGGAUUUCAAACCUUUUCUCCAAAUGUAAUUGUCACUGGACCCUGAAUUGCCUGAAAAUUAUAUGUAACUCAUACAAAAAUGUGGGGUUUUCCCCAUAAAACUGUUUAAUAAAUUAAAGUAUUGCACAGCAAUAA